AAAAUUAACAAAAAAUAAUAUUACUAAAAUAAAAAAAAAAUACAUCCCAGUGAUUACUAACAAAUCAAAUUUGUGUGAUUUAUGUUUAACUAAGAAUUUAUCAACGAAUUUAAAACAACCAACAACAACAACUACUACAGCAAAAAUGAAGCUAUUUACAACCUCGAGAAAAACUGCAAAUAUUCUAAAAUUUGCUGCACUUGGCAUGACCUUAAGCAUAUUGGCGGUGGUAAUACUAGUCAGUGAUCCAGUGGAAUUGGUUGUGGAUUCGCAAUUGACACUAAGAACCGGUUCCCUGCUAUUUAACCUAUGGAAGAAACCACCGCUGGAGGUCUUCAUGAAAGUCUACAUGUUCAAUGUGACCAAUUUGGAUGAGUAUGUGCGUGGCAUCGAUGCCAAGUUGCGCGUCACCGAAGUGGGUCCCUAUGUGUAUCAGGAAAUUCUGACAAAUCACAAUGUGACCUUCAAUGACAAUGACACCAUAACCUUUAUGCCCAGACGGGAAGUAAAGUUCAUACGUGAGAAAUCAAUUGGUGAUCCCAAGGAUGAUCACAUCAUAGCACCGAAUAUCCCAUACAUGGGUGCAUCAUCGGCAGCCACAUCGCUGUCGACCUUUGCUGCAUUGGGUGUGAGCGCAUUGACACGCCAAAUGAAAUCGAAACCGAUGCUCAGGAUGUCCGUCUACGAAUAUUUGUGGGGCUAUGAGGAUAACCUCGUUGAGUUGGCAUCAAGAUUUGUACCGAAUUUCAUUAAUUUCCGAAGAUUUGGAAUAUUGGAGCGAAUAUUCGAUGAGGGUGAGAAUACGGUGACAAUGAAAUUGCCAUCGAAGAGUAAAAAAACAAAAAGUCCCGGCGAAUUGAGAGAUUAUGCUUUGGACACAUGGAAUGGAGGUGUGGACAUUAAGUAUUGGAGCAAGAAUAGGGGAAAUAUCACCAAUUGCAAUAGUAUCCAUGGCACCUACGAUGGCACCUUGUUCCCACGCCAGAUUACCAAGGGUGAAACAUUCCGCAUCUAUCGCAAGGCCUUCUGUCGUGCCCUACCCAUUGUCUACUCUCAUCCGGGUAAAAUUGACGGUAUUGAGGCCUAUCAUUUUAAGCUCCAUGAAAAUGCCUUCGACAGUGAUUUUACAGAUCCGGAUACCUCUUGCUAUUGUAGCUAUAAAAAAUGUUUGAAAAAGGGUUUGGGCAAUGUAACACCCUGCUAUUACAACAUUCCCUUGGCCAUAUCUUUCCCUCAUUUCUUCAACGCCGAUCCCAGUUUAUUAAAUGGCGUUGAUGGUUUGAGUCCCAAUGAAUCGAAACAUGGCUCGGAAGUGGCCAUUCAACCGCAAUUGGGCAUUCCCAUGCGAGUAUAUUCACGCUUUCAAGUUAAUCUGAUGGUUGAUGACGUCAAAUUCAAUAGAGAAAUGUACAAAUUUCGUAAUACCGUUUUUCCUUUGCUCUGGUUGGAAUUUGGCGUCGAAGAACUAACACCCGAAUUGAAAGUCCUGCUGCAAAUACUCUUCAAAGUUUGUCCUUAUUUACAAAAUGGCAUUAUUAUUGCCUUAUUUAUUGCCGGACUGGCACUCUUGGGUACAUCGCUGUUCAAGUGUUUUCGGAUACCGACCUCGACGAUAACAUCCACAGCUGCCAUUGUCGCGACCAGUAUUAUACCGGCCGGAACGAACAAUAGCAGUUGCAACAAAAUGCUAGCUCUUGCCGAAGAAACUAAAAAGAAAGCCCGUCGACUUAGUAAGGCGCAUGUGGCGUUUGCACCACUGGUACCGUUGGUGCCACAAGUGGCUGGUGAAAUGCCGGAUGCUGAGGAGCAGGAGCAACUACUGGAAAUGGAGCUAGAGUUGGGGGAGCAGCAAGAACUGCUCGAUAUGGAGAUGGAAUUGGAAUUAGAGAAGCAACAAAAGCAGAGUAGUACCUUUGUAUUGCCUGAGUAUAGGAAACAAUAAGCGAGAGCUGUGUCUGCCAAUGCCAUUCAUCUGUGCAUUCUCCAUCUCCCCCCCCAUUCCAUAUACUCCAAUACCUUCAUACUCAAUUGAUGCUCAUCAUCCUGUGUUCAUUUUUGGUUGCAGUUACAUGGCUUUGUCCAAAAUCAUCCUCGCCAUCCUCAUCGCAAUAGUUUUACAAAACAAAAAAACGCUCUUAGUCUUAGCUUUUGUGUAGUAGUAUCUUUAGGUUUUCGUUUUCGUUAGCUUAGUUCUGUGUAGUGGGAAAGACGUAGAAAAGUAUUUAUGGCUGUGAUAAUAAAUUUAAGUUAAGUUUUCUUUUAUUGUUCUUUGAAAAAGGGAUUAUUUUAUUUGAGUUUAUUUUGUAUCUCCGUCUAUCUAUCUAGCUUUUUUCAUUCAUUCAUAUUUUUUUGUGUAUGCUUACAAAAUAGUGGGGUAUUUAAUAUAUAUAAAAAAACAAAAACAA